AUGGCGACAGAUCGAAUACAAAAGGCGAUGCAUUCAAAUAAUAUGGAUACACCGGCCACUGCACCAUUCGCAGGAGUGCAGCACGCGUCGCUUCUUACGCCCAAGGCGCGCUACGUUGCUGCCGCCGAACGUGUCGAAGAAGUCAGCGCCAUGCUCCAUGGCCUCAACCGCCUUCACAAAAACCAGCAUCGGGUGUCGACAUACUGGUGGCCGGUAUUUGGCCAGCUGCGGCGGCAUGUGCGCCGUCUCGAGGCGGUGGUGCGGCCGUUGACAGCCGCCAAAGCCAAAGUCGACGGAGACGAUCAGAGCGACGAGGAAAAGGCUGCCAUAAUGUGCGCGCGCGCUGUUCGCGAUGAUUUUAUCCCCAAAGCCUAUCUCGCCUUUUCACGACUAAUUGCCGACCGCCGAUUUGCGCAGCUCGGCUUGCUAUUGAUGGCCAUUCUAGCACAGGUGCACACGGCGCUUCGCUGGGUGUCUGGUGAUCUUGCGACGGACAAACGACGAAUCGCCAGCGAUGAAGAUGACGGCGACGACGACCAAAUUGAAGACGAGCUUGCCGACGCCGGGAUUCAACACGACGCACCCGGCGAAUUUGGCGACGAUCUCGGCGAGGUCAUUGCUCGCGUAGACGACAGCGAGAACGAGGAUACAAAACGUUAUAAGGAACAUGCUACGGUGACUAUGAGCUCAAAACCAUCAAAGAAACGCCCACGGCAAGAGGUCGAUAGCGACAACGAUACCGACCUUAUCAAGUCGCGAACGCCCCUUGUGAAGCCGUCCACCAAAAGCGGCGAAUCAGAAUCUAUCGUUCGUUCCGAGAAGAAGAGGAAAGUAGACGAGGACCCGCCGAUGCCCAGAUCCAAAGAGAUCACGGAGGCCAAAGAGACCCAAGAUGUCUUCGUGAAACGAGACAAGAACGGCAAGAAAGAGAAGUACAAGGACCGGGACAAGUCGAAAAAAAUAAAGAAAAGGAAGAAGAACGGCGACGAGUUUGAUGAUCUCUUCAGCGGCCUGCUAUGA